CCCACCCCCUUGGCGCCCUAGGAGUUCCCUGUCGCGUGACUCUCUCUCUGCCCCGCCCUGCCCCUAGGGGCCGCAAGCGACUAGGGGCUGCCACUGCUGCGGGGUCCCCGUUCCCAGGGGCCAUCCCUUGUUUAUUCGUGGCCCCCUCUCCAUCCUGCCCUUCUUCCUGCACCCUCUGAGCAGCGCGGACGGAGAACCUCCUCUCUGCACCUUGUGGAAACUUUGCCAAGGCUGGAGGAAAGGAGGGGCGUCUGAGUGCACCCCUGCGCACUCUAGAUGCACCCUUUGCAUGUUCACGUUCUGCCGGGUUUGGCUCCUCUUUUACUGCUCUCCCGAAACACACCAUGAGCACACGUCUCACUCUCUAAAUCCAGUGUGGUCCUAAGGCCUGACAACGAGUAUGGGUUCACAAAAUGCUGAAAAAAAAGAAAGAGUGAACAUCUGUCACUGUUUUAGCCUGUAUGAGGCUCUGCCUCCACAAAACCUUCUCCAGUGGGGGGACCAGCCACCUCCACUGCCGAGAUUCCCCUGGGGAGGACUGAUGCUGUGGCCAAAUCAAAGCUUGAGGAGCCUAUGCUCUCUAAACAAUUUCCAGGCUGUUGUGGGCUUUUUGAUUGCUUUUUGACCUUGAAAAUGAUUUAGUUCCAUUUUAUUCCUGAACGGAUGGCCACUUCUGAGGUCCUAGCUGUUAAGCCUAAAUUGUGGUAGGUUGAACAAUGAACUUCUCCAAAUAGACUCACAUCCUAAAUCGUAGAACCUGUGAACACUGCCCUAUGUGGCAAAAGCAGCUUUGUUACUAUGAUUAACUUCAAGAUCUUGAGAUGGGGACACAGUCCUGGAUUGUCCAGUGGGCCUGACAUGAUCACAGUAUUCCUUAUGUGACAGAAGCAGGAAGAAAUAGAGAAGGCAGUGUGAUGCCAGAAGCAGCAGCUGGAGUGACCAGUUUUGAAGAUGGAAGGAGGGUCCACAGACCAAGGAAUGCAGGCAGGCUCUGGAAUCGGAAAAACGCAAGAGAAAGGAUUUCCCCCCGAGAGCCUUUGGAAGCGACCAGCCCUGCUGAUACCUUGACUUUAACCCAGUGAAACUGAUUUUAUACUUCUGGCUUCUAGAACUGUAAGAGAAUACAUUUGUGCUGUUCAAAGAUAGCAAAGUUGUGGCAAUUCGUUGUAGCAACAAUGGGAAACUAAUAUACUAAAUGAACCAUUGUUUUGUCUCAUAGGGCUUGUUUGUUUAUACUUGGCUUUAUUCCAGAAAUAUAUUUCCUGUGAUUUGGAUCAGAAAAACCAGGCAGUGCUCCUCCCCUCUGGUGCUGAUGCUCUUGUUGCUCUAACCCUGGGACUCUUUUCUCCCGUGAACCACCUCCCUCAGUAGCCUCCUGCUGCUACUAACGUCUUCAGCUUGUUUUCUCUGCCAGACCAUAUGAGCGGCCCACCCACUCCAUCCCUUCCUCCUCACCCUGGCUCUGGCCUGUCCUUUGUGCAUUGUGCAAAAAUGUCAUCCUGAACAAAGGGUCUCAGGAGACAAACCUAGUUGACUGGGGUGAGCUUUAUGAGAGAACACUGAUGGACCACCUCACCCAUUCCAAGCACCCAGUGCCAUGACCAGUGUAAAACAUUGCUUGAAUUGGAGUUUCUUUGGUUUUCCUGUUUAAGGAUUUCAAACUCAAGUGUCGUGAUACCACCUGAUCAGAAUUCCCCACCCUGCAGAAUCAGAAUUCUGCACCCUGCAGGUGAGCAGAGAACGAUAGCAGCGCCUUGCUUUCUGGACCAUCUUCAGCCUUGACUUGUAGAACCGAAGAAAUGUGGCAUGGAAAACCUUGCAUUUACCUGGUGAUCUGGGGCUGACGUGGGCCUGACGGAGUAAGAUGGUAGAAAGGAAGUUCUGACAUCUGAUUAAGAGAAGUGGCAUACAAGUUCUUACCUUCAGCUGAGCGGCCCCAGCCUGCAGUUGUACAAAUAAAUCCAGCCUCAAAUUCUUCCUUUGGCUCUGGAAGACACAUUGGGCCCACAAACUGGCCUGAAGAAAAGAGCAGGACAGGGUUUGUCUCAUCCACGGAGGAGAGGACACCCUAAGCCACUCACCAUUUGACUGUUACCCUAAUAAUAUGAACAAUGCCUGUGAGUGAAGAGAAAGAAAGAAAAGUAUAAGAUAUAGAAGAGUCCAGAUGAAGAGAUUUGGGAGAAAAACAAGUGCAAUUUUUGUCUUAGGGGCUGAAAGUUUGGGAUGGCAUUUCCAAUUUUUGGAGCAAGCCAAUAGUGCAUAUGAUUAUUCUGAACACACAUUUUCUGGAACUCGAUGGAUGGACAUCUUGAGGGACUUGGAUCCUGGCCCACACUCAUGAGAUAUCUGGUUAUGAGGAAACUGAGUGGAGACCAUGGUCUAUGCUGCCUGACACAUUGUCAGAUAUUGGAUUUAAAUCUUUAUGCAAGUGGAAAGUGGCAGGUUGUUCGAGAAGAGUGGAGAGGAGAGAAGAUGUCCUGAUUCACACACCACAGUGGUGUAAGGCUAGAAGGGUUGCCAGGUCAUUCUUUUCAGCAUGUUUUCAAGGAGAGCCUAGAAAGCCCUGCCUGAUAAUCACCCUGCUUCUUUACCUGGCUGAACCCUCUAAUCCUUAUUCCUCAACUUGGGCAACACCUCAACUGAGAAGUCUUCCUUCGUUUCCUCAAGCUGUGGCAGUCCACGAUGUCAUCUAAGGAUUGGCUGAUUCCUUCUCAUCCCUUCAAGGUCUCUCAGUAUAAUGCAAGCCAGACUAUGCACCUGCCCUCAGUGCUUGGUAUUUUCAUCCACAUCAUAUCAUUUAACACAAGAAUCACAUAAGGAAAAGGAUCAAGUCAGAAAAACAUGUCAAAAUCAACUCGAUACUUUUUGGUCCAGUAAUUGGAUAAAUGGUGAUAGUAUUUACUGAAAAGAGAAUACUGGUACAGAGGCACAUUUGGGAUGAGGGUAGAAAAUCAAGAGCUGACCUUUCUAUAAUCACUUAGGUUAUUUACAGUUUAUGUUAUUACAAUCAAUAUUGCUGUAACAUCAUUUUACAUAUUCUUGUACACAUGGGGAAGACUUACUCUACAGUAUUUUAUACAGUAUAGGAGUAAAAUAGCUGAAUUCUAAGGUAAUCGAGUCUCCAAUUUUAAUAUAUUCAUGGAAUUUGAAAAGAAAAUUUGUGUGCACAAAGUAUUCUAGAAGUGAGGCAAAGUUACCAUUUAAAAAUUUUAAUUGUAGGGUUCUCUACAGGUAUCUUCAUUAAAUUAAGAUACCCCAUUAAUGUGGGGUAAUUUCAACCAUUUUAAACUCUGGUUCUGAUUUCAAUAGCCACCAUUAAAUGAAUAGAUGGAAAACCACACAGCAGUGACAGAGUUCAUUAUUCUGGGAUUAACAGAUAAUCCCACACUAUGUGCCAUCUUCUUUGUGAUUUUUCUGGGAGUUUAUGUAGUUACCAUAGUGGGAAAUAUCAGUAUAAUCAUCUUAAUCCGAAGCAGCCCACAGCUGCACACCCCAAUGUACCUUUUUCUCAGCCAUUUGGCCUUUGUGGACAUUGGGUAUUCCACGUCAGUCACGCCAAUCAUGCUAAUGAGUUUUUUAAGAGAGAAAACAACUAUCCCUAUCACUGGUUGUAUAGCCCAGCUUGGCUCUGAUGUCACUUUUGGGACUACAGAAUGCUUCCUGCUGGCUACCAUGGCCUACGAUCGCUAUGUGGCCAUCUGCUCUCCCUUACUCUACUCCACCCAGAUGUCCUCAGUGGUCUGCUUCCUCCUACUGGGGGCUUCCUACCUGGGUGGAUGCAUGAACGCUUCAUCAUUUACAAGCUGUCUGAUGAAUCUAUCUUUCUGUGGACCAAAUAAAAUCAACCAUUUUUUCUGUGACCUCUUUCCACUCUUGAAGCUUUCUUGUGGCCAUGUUUUUAUUGCUGAAAUAUCUCCCGCCAUCUCUUCUGCAUCCGUCCUCAUAAGCACACUGUUUACCAUAAUUGUGUCCUACAGCUACAUCCUCCACUCAAUUCUGAAUAUGCGCUCUACUGAGGGGAGGAAGAAGGCCUUCUCAACCUGCACUUCCCACCUCACUGCCGUCACUUUGUUUUAUGGGACAGUUUUGUUCGUUUAUGUGAUGCCCAAGUCCAGUUAUUCAGCUGAUCAGGUCAAAGUGGCCUCUGUCAUCUAUACAGUGGUGGUCCCCAUGUUGAAUCCCCUCAUCUACAGUCUGAGGAACAAGGAGGUGAAAGGGGCCAUGAGAAAACUAAUGGCCAGAACACACUGGUUUUCCUGAAUCAGAUCAGAUAUAAAUCCAUAAAUAACAAAGCAAUGAUUUGGGGAAACAUUUGUGCUGGAUACUUUAAUGAUAUUUAUCAUUAACUUCAUCACUUUGAUAGUGAAGAACUCCUAUAAAUGUAAAAAGCCAAUGUUUACUUCCAUAUAGAAAGUUAAAUGUAUCAUUUAAUGUGGAAAUUUGUUUCAUUCAAAUUAAAUAUGAACUUUUCAAGGUAAGAAUACCUGCUUGCAAAAUAGUUUCAUUAAUCAGUUGUGACUCCUAUAUUAAAUACAGAGAGCUAUUUCCACCAAAGAUCAAAUUUAAUUGAAUUCCAUCUAGUUAAAUAACAUUUGGGAAAAAAAUUUGUCCCCAACAGAUCUGUAAUAAAAGAUAAUAUUGACAAGUCAGGACGUUCAGGCCACUUCCUUUAAAGGUACUGCCCUGCCUUUGUCAAUGUAUAUUUAAACAUUUGGGAACAUUGAUGUUCAUGUCUCCAGAAAGCCUCUAUGUCCACUUUAUUGAAGCGAGAGCAAAGAUCAUGAUUCCUCUGCUUGGCCAUUAAGAGAUCCAACCCAGAUAACACAGAAGAGACCUUGUAUACACCUGUGCUGACUCUUUUUACAAUGUAAGUCUUACCAGAUGAGUCUAGGGUAAGAUUUCAGAAGCUGAGGUUUCUUUGGAGGGGGAGACUGGGACAUUGGGACUUUGUUUCAGCAAUAAUUUAUAGGUAGGAGGCACGAAAUUAUGGGUCAGGCAAAUAAUACGUUUGCCACACAUUUUGUAAUGUCUCUCAAGGAGGCGUCCACUGUCCCUGCUUCUUCCACUGACCUUUUGGCGCUUAUGAUCCCGUCUGGUUAUGGCAGUUGCCUCUAAAUUGAUUCCCUGCCUCCUGUAUGCCUUUCACAAUGAUUUAUGAUUAAUAUUUUAGCUAAUAUAUUUUGUUAGCAUAUGAAUGAUGUCAGACAAAUUCUGAGACACUUUGGAGGGACCACUUUGCGAGCUGAGCUGGUAAAGCGCCAAAGUCAGCACGGACACAGCCCUUUGCAAAGAGAGGGCUCCCAAAGGUAUGACUUCAGUCUUGGAAAAGGGCAUGUUCGAGUCACGGUGGGAGAUCUGCACUCUGGUGGUUGAAGUUUUUCGCUGAGUGUUUCUGGAAGUCUUUGUCUUCUUCUUUCCUCCUAUACUUUGCUUUUCACCAGGAUUCAUCUUCAGCCCUCUUCCCUCUCCUCCUCCCCAUGAUCCCCAUAGGUAAUCUUAUCUUCUCCCAUGAGCUCAGCUGCCACUGGUGUGGUGAGAGUCCCUACACACCUUCCUUGAAGGACAGAUGAACUUCUUCACUGGCCUUUCCCCCCAAGACUCUCAAACUCAGUGUGCCCUGACUGUAUUUAUCGUAUUUCUCACAAAAUUAUUCCUUUUCCUCUGGUUCUUUCCCAAUUAGUGGCAACUCUUUGUAAGGCCUAGUACUGCAAGACAUUUGGGGCAACUCUCACCGCACACCCAUCAAAAUAGUCUGCCUCCCUCCACCCCAUUCCUUCUGUCAGAUGGAAGACAUGUUGCAUACUGGUGUCUCCCAUAUCUAAGUCUCUUCUGUCUAAGCACGUAAAGACUCCCCAGUUGAUUGUGGUAAGUCCAUACUGAGAUUUUUUCCUUCAUACUUCCACUUGAAGGGAUUCAAUAAUCCAAUCACCCAGAUGUAGGAUGUGUGGCACUGUUACAACUUUUAGUGGAGAGGAUAGGCGUCGACACUUAUCUUUUCCCUCCCAAGUUCUCAAUCAACCGAGGAGAUGACAAAAAGAGAAGGCAUAUGGGAGAGCAAAAAUAUUAACCUAUAUCAAUGAAGGAGCUGAUAUUAGAGUAGGUGACACAUAUUUGUGGACACGUGCUUUCAUGUUCUGAAUCCCAGAAUCUGACACUCCCCUUCCCUGUCCCUGGUCUCUGCAGUGAGAGUAGGCCUGUCUCCAUCCAUUUAUAUCAUGGCCAAGAGCAGCCCAGAGCACUGAGGGCAGACUCACUCCCAAGAGAAAGGGGAAGGCAAAAGGCUGGGAUUUCUGUUAUGGGUUGAAGUGUGUCCCUCAAAAAUUCAUCCUAACCACCAGUAUCUCAGAGUGUGAUCUUACCUGGGAAUAUGGUUGUUACAGGUGUAAUUAGUUAAGAUGAAGUCAUAUUGGAGGAGGCUGGGCUUCUAAUCCAAUAUUACUGGUAUCCUUAUUUUUUUUUAAAAAAAGAAGAAUUUGGAUACAGACAGCACACAGGAGGAACCUCAUAUGAAAAUAAAAACAGAGAAGUGGGUUAUGCUU